GCCCUGGAAAUCGAGUCAAUGAUGUCUGUGACAGGUGCGAUGUGUGCGCGAUCUUCUCUCCAUGCGACAAGCGACAGACUCGUCAAGUCCUCUUCCCACGCCGACCGAGCAAUACCGACAGCAUUCGGCUCCAAAGGCAUCCGUUUCUAGGGCCAGAGCGCCAAAGAAUCCGGGGCCGCCGUUCUUCAAGAUCAGAGUUUCGUCGUCUUUUCGCCCAGCGACGUAGAAGCUCAGAGUCAAGUCGUGUGGCUCGCUCGCUCGCUCGUAUUAGGGGCGACAGAGGGCAGCUCUUCUUUCCUUCUUCUUGUUUCACAUCUUCCAUUACACCCUUGUUCAUGAACCCAUCUCUCGUUAUCUCAUAAGCAAAUUUUAAUAUUCUUUCCUCGUGGUUCUUCUCUCUUUUGUCGACAGUGGUAAUACAUCUCAUAAUCACGCAACACACAUAAUCCGCAUCCAAUCGUCCGUCACGCGCACCGCCGGUCAUGCGCUUCCAAACCGCCGCGCUGAGCGCUCUUUUUCUCGAGUCCGCCGCCUCAUACGACUUCUCUAGCGUGGCAAGAAGCAUACUCCCGGCACAACGAUUGGAAAAGAGAGCAAACACAACGGAAAUCCCCCUCCCCAUCAAUGUGGAGGCAUCGCAAUACUGGGAUGGAGCUGAUGGACCAUGGUCAUCGUUCCCACUUCAGGUUGGCACGCCGGCGCAAAACAUCCGAGCCUUUAUCUCAACAAAUGGAUACACAACUUGGACCGUUAGGCCACUGGGAUGCCCAGCAGGAACAAUAACUGGAUGCGAAGAGUCCCGCGGCGAACUGUUCUUGACCAACCAAUCCCUCACAUGGGUUCCCAAUUCCAUCUUUCAGCUAGGACUGCCAAACGAGAUGGCUUUAGGAUUGGAUGAUGAGGCAAACUAUGGUUUCGACACCGUCACAUUGGGAUGGCAGGGCUCAGGACUACCUACGGUACAGCACAGCACCAUUGCAAACAUGGCUACGUUUGACUUUUGGCUUGGAACUUUUGGAAUCAACCCUCAACCUGCCAAUUUCACAACUUAUACGGAUCCCCAGCCUAGUUUCAUGACCCAACUGAAGAACAACAACACUAUCCCAAGUUUGAGUUGGGGAUACACCGCUGGAAACCAAUACCGUUUCUCGGGAGUGUAUGGUAGUCUCGUCCUGGGAGGUUACGAUCAAUCCAAGUUCGAGCCCACUAACUUGACAAUUCCAUUUGGUUCCGACGUGUCUCGAGAUCUUCUGGUUGGAGUGCAGUCCAUCACUACUGGUAGUGCUGGACUGUCGAAUACGUCUGACGCAUUCUAUGCCUUGAUCGAUUCAACUGUUGCAGAACUCUGGUUGCCGGAAUCUGUCUGUACGGCAUUCGAGAAUGCAUUCGGCCUUGUUUAUGACGAGUACUAUUCACGUUAUAUUGUUAACGACACUAUGCAUCAGAGUCUUCUGGCGCUGAACAAGUCGAUCACACUUACCCUUGGACAGUCCAACUCUGGCGGCCAAACUGUCGACAUCACUUUGCCUUAUGCUGCGAUGGAUUUGGAGAUCUCUUAUCCUUAUGUCGCCAACUCGACUCGCUAUUUCCCUCUCAGACGUGCGGCGAACGACACUCAAUACACUUUGGGUCGUGCCUUCCUGCAAGAAGCAUAUGUUGCAGCUGAUUACGAACGCCGCAACUUCACAGUUGCUCCUUGUGUUUGGGAGCAGAACUCCGCAUCAGACAUUCGCACCAUCCUGUCUACGGACUUCAAAAACCCCAACAGUGGCAGCGGUGGUAUCAGUGGUGGCGCCAUCGCCGGUAUUGUGAUUGGUGUUCUUGCCAUCAUCGCAAUCCUUGCCGGAGCUCUCUGGUUCAUGCGUCGCAAGAAGCAACAGAAGAAGCAUGCAGCUGUCGAACUCGAAGCCAAGUCGUUGGCAGCAGCACAAACACCCUCUGGUCCUUCAUCACCGGUCAAGGAAGAUCCUCACGCUGGCAUCAGCACACCCACUGGUGGCGAGUUAGACAGCUCAAGACAAAUCCACGAAAUUGCUGGAGCAAGCAAGCCUAACGCAGCCGAGAUGGAUGCGCCAUGGCGUGGAGAGCUGGACGCUGCUGGAGGGCACCACGAAUUCUACGGCAAGCUUCCGCAAAACACUUUCGAGAUGGAGGGAAAUAACGAACCAAUCUUCGAGAUGGACGCAACAGCGACACAAUUGCAUGAACUGGAGCCCGACACAAGGCGCCAGAGCUGGGAUUCUGGUGACGAUAGAGGUGACGAGAAGAGGUAUCUGCAGAUGCAAGGAUACUAGAUGUUGCUUUUCUUGUUUUUUUUUGUUCAUGAUUUCAGGGAAGAUCUCGGUUGUCAAUAUGGUGUUUAUAUGGGAGGGCUGGUUUUUGUUUAGUGAUAUCACGGUGGAGAUUUAUGGGAAGGAAGGACGGGUGGGAUAUGGUGCAAUUCCUGUGAAUAGUAUACCGAAGAAUACAUGCUCACGACAAUAUUUCUUUCAUUCAAAUG